CUCAAGCUGUUGAGCCUACCAAACGCUCAUUGCGUGUGCAAACUUGGAAGAAAUUGCAAGAAAACAAAUUUGGUGUGCCCUUCAAUGCCAUCUUCAAUCGCAUACCCGGUUUUGUGGACAAUGACAAGGCCGCCGCAUUAUUGGCCGAAACUGAGGAAUUUAAAAAUGCCAAGGAAAUUAAGAUUUUAAUUGAUCGCGCCUUAUAUGCUGCUAAAUUGCAAACAUUACUUGCUGGCAAGAAUUUGUAUUUGCCCGGUACAUCCGAUUCCAAGGCCUUGUACUUGAAGGUCGAUGUACCAGCCGAUGCUACAGAAGAACAAAAAACCGAAAUUCUUAAUGUUCGCAAUGUUGAAAAACAUCGUACGGAAAUUUCUUUGGAAAACAAAGUCGAAUUGGACAUGGUCAUCAUUGGUUCAGUUGUUGUUUCACGUGAUGGUUAUCGCAUUGGUCGCGGCAACGGUUUCAAUGACUUAGACAUUGGUCUUCUUAAAGAGGUUGGCUCGAUAACCGAUAAAACCGUCAUUGCCACAAUGGUACAUGACGCUCAGGUGGUUGAUAAUCUACCCAUUAAUCUAUUCCAAAAAUAUGAUUCACCCGUUGAUAUGAUCAUCACACCCACCGAGGUUAUACGCGUAGCCAAACGUUUGCCCCGUCCUGCUGGCAUUUUCUGGGAAUUACUCUCAGAACGUCGCCUUAAAAUCAUACCCGUACUCCAAGUACUCAAAGAAACUCAGGAAAAGGCCGGUAAGGUCAUUGUCCUCAAAGAGGAAGACACAGACGUUGAACAGCAUCAACGCCGAAACAAUCGUCGUCGUUUUAUGCCACGUCGUCGUUUCGGUGGCAAUCGUCGUUUCCAACGUCGUGCUGUCUCGCAAAAUAAUGCCGAUCAACAACAGGAUGGCGAAAAUAAUGGACAACAACAGAAACGUCAAACACACAGAAGACGUUUCGUUAACCGCAGAAGACGUCCAACUAAGUCCGAAGGCGAUCAAUCUGGUGUUGAAUCAAAGAGUCAAGAUCGUAAAUCAGUUGGUGAAGGUGGCAACAGAAGACCAAAGUUACGCAAGAAUCGUCCAAUGCGAUUCUCCGUGAAACUUUCCAACAUUUCACGUGAUGUACGCAUUAAGGAUUUGAAGAGCGAAUUGCGUAAUCGCCAAUGUAAUCCCAUGGCCAUUACAUGGAAGGGACAAUACGGUCGCUGUUAUUUGCAUUUCGGCAAUCGUAAUGGUCAACCCAGCACUGAAGAUGAUAUGAACAAAGUGCUACAGGCAUUAAACGAUCUCUCUUUGACUAUCACACCCAGUGAUAAUAAGAAUAAUAAAACAGCUGCCACCAAUGGUGAAGAUGGUGGUGCUGCCGGUGAUGCUGCUGGUGGCGAACAAAACAAGAUGAACAAAAACUGAGGGCGCCACCAAACCACCCAAGGUAGUCAACUUGAAGGUAGAAUUGAUCAAAUACAGUGACAAGGCAAACAACAAUGCAGCAGCAGCUGCUGGAGCUGGUGGCGCCGUUAACGGCGGUGGAGAUCCAGCUACUGGCGGUUGAAGCUAGCUCAGCACGUAUUGAGUCUGUCGAUACCACUACGGUAUAGUGUGAGAUGCGGGCUGUUUUAAAACGGCUGUACUUUUGGUUUGGAUAUUUGGAAUCGUGCAUUAUAGCUCUGGAUGAUGAUUCACUGAUUGUUUAGCGUUGUGUUGGUACUCUGCUCCUCUCUCAGGUGUUUCAUCAUUCCUAAUAUGUAUUUUUUUCUUUUGGUCUUCAUCAAACUCAAAUUUUCUUUCUCACAUCACUUCUAUAUAAAUAUAGUUUAAAUAGUAUCGUAUUUUGUUUAUUCUAUUUCCAUAAAAUCUCUCCAAUAUUUAGUUUUUUUUUUUUUUUAAUUUAUCGGUUUUUGGAGUUUUCUUAAAUUUAAUGAAUUUUUAAUUUCUUGGCAACUAGAAAACUGCGCUCGCUGCGCCGUUUGUUUUUGCUUUUUCUCAAUGCAUUUGUUAUAUAGAUCUGAUUUAUUAUUUAAUACUCCUGGGCGGUAGUUUUAAGGGGUUUCCUUUAAGAUUAUCUGCUGGCAUAUUGUUAAAUAUUUUAUGUAAUUAAAUAAUGUAAUUUUUUUCAUUGUUUUUAAUAUUUAUAUAUUAAUUACUCAAAUCACAAAUACCACUUAUGCGAUCUCCAAAUAUCCAUCACCAUUUAUAAUCGUAAUUUAUUUGUUUAAAAAGAAAUUAUUUUCUUUUUGAAAAUAGUGGAGGGAAAGAUUAACUGGUUGAUGCAAUACGCUUUUCCGACAGCUGAGCUGUCGGCUAGGUGCGUAUCUGUGUCAACUAAAGGUCUAUCUUGUCUGUCCAACUCUUUAUCAAGAUGAAAAUUAUCUUUUUUAUAUAUAUAUGAAAUAUAUUUUCUCUUUAACAUCAACAACAACAAAAAAAUGUUUAUAUGAAGAAUAAAAAAAAAACUACAAAUGAACAAAACGUUAAAAAAAA